CGGAAGUAAAAUAGUGCACAUCUGGUAGUUUGGGUACAUUAUGUUCUGAUACAGCGAUGUCUUCUUCGUUGUUAGAUUCAGCUCCCGGCAGACAGAAGAGGAGCUUGGCUGAGCUGCUCGCUGGAAGACUUCUGAAGUCAGAUCGUAAAGCUGAAGACAGCACUACAAAGCUCCAGGAGGAUACAUUGUAUUUGCUGAGCUGCCACCAAGAUCCAUGCCACUUCCUUUCUGAGUUUGAAGCUCCGCCAGUUAAAAAGACACUGGGGAUUAGUGAGUACUCUGACUCCAGCAAGUCUCACUCACCACCUGCAUUCAUAGACUCAUUUAUAGGCUCAACCUUACGUGAUCAGGCCUCACACUUAGGGUUACCAGCUGGUGUGCUGACAGCAAGAGCUACGGUAUCCAGCAUUCAGCAGAUUUGCCAAGUCGCAGAGGAUUGUGCAAGAAAAGCCCUACUGACUGAGGAGCAGAGAAACAAGUUGUCUGCUUUGCUGAAGGCAUUAAAAGGAUUGCUCUCAGAAAAUUGCUUUAGCCGCUCACUUUUUUCCAAGGAGAUUUGGAAAGCACAACGCCCCCCUGUUUUGGAGGCUGUCUGGCACUUGCACAAUGAAGAGAUUUUGCGCGUGGAGAUGCUGCUGGAGAGCUGUACAGACCCAAGUGCUGCUGUGGAAUGGUUCUGCAGUGAAAUGCGCUUAUUGUGUCAGCACAUGGAGAAGGAGUCCGCAGUCUCAGAGCUCCCUGAGAUGAUUAUAUCAGAUUUCCUAAUUGUGUUGGUUGAAAGCAGCUUCUGUAAAUCUUCAAAUCUUGAGAAGUCGUCAGAUACUCCCAGAAUUGUAGAGAUCUCACUCUUGGUUCUGGAUAAAAUGCUUUCAUGGUUACUGAACACAGUUUUUGAAGGGAAAUGUGAAGAGGUUUACAAGUCAAGUGAUGAGAGACACUGGUUAAUUGCUUUUGAGGUGCCACGGUACAGAAUCCAUGUGAAUCCUGAAUCCUUAGAGAAGUUUUUUGUCCAUACACUUACCCAGGCUCUCACAUACAGGCCUAAACUUAAAGUCUCUGAUGCCAUCAGAUGUCAAGGAAACUGGAGCUUUGUGAAAACUUGCCCUGUUCUCACUGAUUUAUACCGCAAGCUGUUUGUUGUCAUCAGUGCAGACAAGCUUAUUGCCCACUUACAACUAGUUCUAGAAACUCAAGAGGUAAACUAGCAUCAUAUCCUAACCUGUGUAUCCUGUCUGGUCAUAUGUCAGUCGGAGGCCCAGCAACUUGUGAAAGAUCUUCUGAGUCGCCUGUUGAUACAAGCCUUUGAGAGCUACGAGCUUGAGUGUCUGAUCACUGCUUUUCUGAUUGCCCGGCAGGCUGCUCUUGAAGGCCCUGCUGCAUUUGUACCAUACUCUGAGUGGUUUAAGUGCAACUUUGGCAAUGCCAGCUCAUACCACAGUUCAAGCAAGAAGUCUUUAGUUUUCCUUUUAAAGUUCCUCUCUGAUCUGGUGCCCUUUGAAUCUCCACAGUACCUAAAGGUACAUGUUCUGCAUCCUCCAUUUGUGGCCACAAAAUAUCGUUGCCUUCUAAUGGAAUACAUCUCCUUGGCCAAAACCAGGCUAGCGGACAUGAAGGUUUCUAUCGAAGACAUGGGACUAUAUGAAGAUUUGUCAGCUGCACCAGAUAAAAAUCAGCCUCAGUCCCAGGCUCUACAGGAUGUGGAAAAGGCCAUUAGUAUAUUUGAGAACACUGGCAAAAUACCAGCCAGUGUAAUGGAAGCCAGCAUUUUUCGUAGACCGUAUUUUACAUCUCGCUUCCUUCCGGCUCUGCUUGCACCUCGUGUGCUCCCAGCUUCUCCAGACUCUCUCAUGCAGCUUAUUGAUUCUUUGAAGAGAGCAGAUAAAAUUCCUGCAAACACCUUCAAUACGUAUCUAGAAGCUUGUGAUCAGGAGAAGCAUCGGAAAAUUGGAGGCACUGAGAGAAUAAACCCAGAUUUGCGAGAAGAGCCCCUUGAGAGACUGAGAUCAGCGUUAUGUGAUUUGCGCCCCUUAGUUACAGGCUCAAACAAAUAUGAAGAUGUUUCAUCUCAGGUGGCUGUGAUUUCUGAUAGGCUGGCUGCAGUAAUAGGGAGUGAAAAAGCUGAAGGAGUUUUUACUAUUCCAGACUUGGUUGCUUCUGUAGCGAUGCUGGAACUCCAGGAUGAGAAAGUUGCUGACCUUAUCCUGACCUGUUUUUGCCAGUGUGUUAUGACUGCCUCAUCUUCUAAUCCACCUGACAGUCAGGGACCCUGGCCAUCCUUGUAUGUGAAAAUGCUGUGUGGUAAUAUAAGGGCUCUCUUUGCAGUACUAAGACGGAUUUUGCAGCUUCUCUGCCAUCAGGCUAACCUUCUCAGUGACACACACAUUGUAGGACUUGCUGCUUUCUCCAUCCAUUUACAUGAAUGUAGAACAUCUCUUCCAGUUUCUCACUCUCUGGAAUUUUUCUGGGAGGCUCUCUUGAGCCGUCUGAGCUCCGAAUACAUGUCUGCAUGUCUGAGGUUCUGCACAGCUGCAGUUUGCUAUGCCUUCUGCAAGUUCUCUCUGCUUUCUCCUGAUGCAUCUCCUUGCUGCCUUCCUUACUUGUUUCUGCACAAGUUGCAACAUCUUCUUCCUCGGUUGAUCCCAGAGACACGAAAACAAGUAAUACGGGGGGAUGAAAUGGACACACUCCUUCCAUGGAAAUCGCUCUCCCAGCCAGCUUCUGGUUGGAAAGAAGCAGCCCUGAUUCUGUGGCAUCAGCGUUCCCUGCAGGACCUGAUAGGAAGGAAGCCAUUCCAUCUUUCUUUCAGAGACUGGCUUCUUUGUGAAUUGUCAUUGAAUCCUGAUAGUGAUGCUCUUAAUGACAUAGAGAGACAGGACUACCAGCGUUGGACUGUGAACCUGUUUUAUCUACUAGAAUCCUCUGAGGAAGGGGGUUGCAGUGGAGAUAUAGAGCAAGCCUGUACAGUCAUGGUUGAUACUAUACUUGAGUUCUGCAGCAGAUCUCAACUACAGUCCAGCGGCAAACAGCGCAAUGGUUUUCUUUUCCACAACCACACUGGUCUGGCUGACGUCCUAUGCCGGUUACAGGAGCUGGUCAGUGAUUUGGUGCUAAUUCGUCACCCAUCAUCUCUCGGGGUUAGCUACAGUCAUUUUCUCUUUCAAGUGUUCCAGAAGAGACUAAUUGUAGGUGCAGAUCAAUCGGAAAUGAGCAAACGAUUAAUAAAACAAAGGGAAGUUGCAUCAUGCUGUAGGGUUCUUCUUGGUCUCCCCCCUCUCCUGCUGAUCACACCGCACUGUGAGAGAGGUUUCAGCUCCGACGACUUCUUCAGAUUUGUCAAUGAAGAAUUGAAAAAUCAUGGACCUCGGGGAAGUGCACUACCAUACAACAUUAUACUGCAUUUCUUUAGAGGUGUCUUGAGCUGUUGUUCACAAUGUGAUGAUCCUGCCGAAGGCGUAAAUUCCAUAUUGGUAGCAUCUCGUUCUAUGUGCCCAAUCAUCCUGACAUCUGCGGCACUUUGGUGGCCUCAGUUGGAUCCAGUUGUUAGAUGUCAGUGGAGCCGUUUUUUUGGCGGUGAUUUACCAAGAGAGUUUGAAGUUUUGAGGGAACUGCAAAUCACUGUAGAUAGGUGCAUCUCACUUGAAUCUGCUCCUCCACUCUCACAUACACCCUGGCUAGUGGCUGCCUUUUUGUAUUUCACAAUUCAGAGACAGAAGCUGCCAUCCAGUAAAUUUCCUGAACUCCUGGCAAGUUUAGGUGCUAAAGCAGAGCAGCUGUUGGUAUCCCUUCUCUUCUUUGCAUUAAUGGAUUUAAUUCCUGCUUUAAUAAAGCAGGAAGAAACUGAAAUGAAAAGUACACUGGAGAAUUGUGUCCAAAUUAUCAAUUUUUUGGCAAACAUAGGGGGCUGUUGGGUGUCUAUCUUUCAGGUGUUACAAGGAGCAAAUGAAUUACCCAGAGCUAGUCAUGCGUAGCCGUCAGUUCCUGAUAUGCUGCAUUCCCAAGUGUCCAAAACUAAGCAGCACACUUAGGAGCCAGUUACAGGACAUUUGUGGACAGUAUGACCCUGAGCUAGCAGCAGUUCUUCUCCAUUCUCCCCAAGCUGCACAGGAUGACGAUGAUGAUUUGUAUAAAGAGCCAAGCCUUUUCUAAGAGAAGAAACGGUACUACAAAUGGCUUUUUCUUCCUUAACGUGUGACUGAAGCCAUGUUUAAGGCUAUUAUGGCAUCCAGCAACUGUGUUCUGGUCAAGACAAAACAGGAAGCAAUUUUGCACCAUAACAUGAAUGAUAAGGGUAUAAUGCAUUCUGUAAAUAAUUUAUUCAAAGACUGUCCAUAUUCUAUCCUUCCUUAUUAAACUUUUUUUUACAAAA